GACUCAGGUUACAGGAUUUCAUACAUCGACUAGAGCAGGAGCUUUUUAGAUCUUUGCUCAUCGACUGAAAUUUACAGCCUUUAUACAGCUGGUGAUUGACCAGUUUGACAGAUGAAGGUCUAUCAGAGUCUGACUGAGAACAUGCUGACAGUCAACAUGUUACUGAGUGUCUUCUUUCUUCCAGGUGCUUUGGCUAAUAACUGUGGUGGUAAAACACCAGCCCUCAGGAUCACUACACCAAAUAUCAUGGAAGCUCUGACUGGAUCUUGUUUGCAAAUCCCAUGUACCUAUGAAACGGAGGAUCCUAGAUAUGACAGCAGUAAAACUAUCUAUGGAGUUUGGUUGAAAGGUGGUGUAAAUUUUGGGGCCAAUCCAAGCCUUGUUAUUUUCCACAGCAGUGGGUCAAUUAACAAAUAUUCACUGAAUAUGACUGGAAACCUGAAAGAGAAAAACUGCACCACUCUGUUUCCUGAUCUACAAACAAGUCAUGCAGACAAAUAUUACUUCAGAGUUGAGAACGGUGACUACAAGGGAACAGCUUGUGCUGAUCCUCUUCAAAUAAAAGUUAAAGAUUCUCCUUGGAGUCCCAGCAUUAAUGUUCCCUCUGACCUGAAGGAGCAUCAGUCUGUCACUGUAACCUGCUCAGCUUUCACUCCCUGUCCACACUCCCCUCCGCAACUCACCUGGAAUCUCCAACAAGACUCUCUCAGACAAACAGAGAAAAACACAAAUGGAACCUUUACAACUAAAAUCCAGGAGAACAUCACUCUGUCAGACACACAUGAUGGAUACAACAUCACAUGUUCUGCCAGAUAUCCUGUGAUUGGAGGAAACAAGACAGCAGAGACAGAAAUAACUCUCAGUGUCUCAUGUAAGUAAUCCUGUCAGCAGGUCAUGGUUCAGCUGUUUGUGAUCAAUAAAGUUCAUGUGUCUCAUUUUCCUCAGAUGCUCCUAGAAACACCUCAGCAUCCAUCAGUCCAUCAGGUUUGGUGUCAGCAGGUAGCUGGGUGGAGCUGAGCUGCUCCAGCAGAGCCAAACCUCCACCCAGAUUCACCUGGUU